AUGGCUGCUCGACCAGGCCAGCCUGGACAAGCCUGUCAGAUGAUGUGCCCGCCUGCCACAGAGUUAUAUUCCCUACUAAUUCAUGUAAUUUUUAUUUUUAAAGUCAACAGCGUCAACAGUUUCCAACAAGAAAAGGAUACUCUUACUGAUCAAACAAAGGGAGAGAGCCACCGGCCCCUACGGCGAUCCAAAAGAAGAUGGGUUAUUACCACCCUGGAACUGGAGGAGGAAGAUCAAGGACCCUUUCCCAAACUUGUUGGGGAGCUGUUCAACGAUAUGUCUCAUAACAUGUCAUUAAUAUAUUUAAUCAGUGGACCUGGUGUGGAUGAAUAUCCGGAGAUUGGUUUGUUUUCUGUAGAAGAUCACAGGAACGGACGAGUGUAUGUUCACCGCCCUGUCGAUCGAGAGACAACCCCGUCUUUUAUGGUUUAUUUUGAUGUUGUGGAUCGCUUAACAAGAAAGGUCAUAGAUAAUUCCUUGAUUUUCAACAUUAGGAUCAGUGAUGUGAACGAUCACGCACCCCAGUUCCCUGAGAAGGAAUUCAACAUCAGUGUGAAGGAGAACCACCCUGCAGGUCAACCCGUUUUCCAGAUGUUAACAAUUGAUUUGGAUGAAGAAAAUACUCCAAAUUCUCAAGUCCUUUAUUUCCUUAUUUCUCAAACACCGUCACUGAAAGAAAGUGGCUUCCAGAUUGACCGUGUUAGUGGAGAAAUACAACUCUCAGGAUGCUUAGAUUAUGAGACUGCUCCGUGGUUUACACUACUAGUUGGAGCGAAGGAUUUGGGAGAACCUCCCUUGACAUCCACGGCCACGGUUCAUGUGAACGUGCAAGAAGGCAACAACCACAGGCCCACGUUUACCCAGGAGAAUCACAGGAUUCAGAUUUCUGAAGGCUGCACAAGCCAGAGCGUGUUGCGUCUCCUGGUCCAAGAUGGUGACUUGCCAUUUACGUCAGCUUGGAGAGUAAAAUUUCACAUACUGAAUGGCAACGAAGAGGGACAUUUUGACAUUUUGACUGACCCUGAGACCAACGAAGGGAUUUUAAAUGUGAUCAAGCCCUUGGAUUAUGAAACUCACCCUGUACGAAGCCUUGUCAUCGCCGUGGAGAACGAGGAGCCGCUCUUCCCCUGUGAGGGGGGCCAGGUCCAGGGGCCCCAGGGGGCGGCGGUGAGCACCACUGUGAGUGUGCAGGUGACGGACGUCAAUGACCCACCAGCCUUUCACCCCAGGAGCUUUGUCGUCAGUGAGGUCGAUGGUGCCAGGCCUGGAAUUCAGCUGGGAAUUUUCAAUGCUACAGAUCCAGACAGAGCUGCCGGCCAGAUAAGAUAUAAACUGGCUUAUGAUCUGGCAAAUUGGGUGACCAUAGAUGAACUCUCAGGAACAGUUACCACCAGGGAGCAAAUUGACCGAGAAUCCCCUUAUGUAAAUGAUAGCUUUUACAUAAUCAUCGCGCACGCUGUUGAUGAUGGCCUCCCGCCACAGACUGGGACGGGGACCCUGAUGCUUUUCCUGUCCGACGUCAACGACAACGCCCCCGCUCUCCAUCCCCAUUCUCGAUAUGUGGAAGUCUGUGAGUCUGCACUGAAUGAGACCCUCCUCCUCCAAGCGGAGGAUGGUGACCUGGAGCCCUAUGCAGACCCCUUUACAUUUGAGUUGGACAAUUCGUGGGAAAGUGCAGGAGACACAUGGAAAUUGGGGAAAAAUCGGGGUCGGUCAGUUGAACUUUUAAUGUUGAGAAGCCUCCCACCGGGUAAUUACUCGGUGCCACUGGUCAUCAGAGACAAACAGGGACUUUCCCAGAAGCAGACUGUCCAUGUAAGGGUCUGUUUCUGUCCCGGCGGAGUCUCGUGUGUGGAGGCAUCAGUUGCAGUCACAGGAACUGGGCUCCUCGUGGGCACCCUGGCCCCUCCCUGUGCAGCGUUCAUGAUUCUGGCAGCCACUCUGCUGUUCCUGCUGCGAUGCUAUUUUUUAUCUGAAGUCAAGCUCAGAAGCUCUGAGGAAGGCCAGCAGACUCUGAACAUGUAUAACGAUGAGAGCAAAGCCAUUUCAACCCAGAAGCUCCGUGGCAUGGACGUGCUCACAGGUGACACUGGGGACCUGCCGCACGUCUACGUGGAGGAGGGAGAGUGUGAAAGAGCAGAGAGCCUCAGUUCUCUUACCUUCUCAGAGCCGGACCUGUGGGCUUCAAAGGCUGCUCCACUUGAAGAAGUAUAUUCUAAGUCCGACUAUGUGACUAAAUUCUGGCCAACGGAAGGCAACUUCCAGAAAGUCUCCUUGAUGAGUGGAGAUGUGCCUGUCUCUUCCCCCUCUUCUUCUACUGGCUGGGAUGAGGAUGGGAUGGCUGGCGCUGGGGCAGCCAUCCUGGGCAUUGCCAUCAGAGCAGAGCUUUACAAGAGAGACGCGGACCGUGGCUGCAGGCGGCUGGAGGAGCGGAAUGAGCCGGAUGCAGCUGUGCUAAUGGAGAUGCGCUCUGCCUGUAGUCUGCGAUUGCAGUUGACCGAGGGCUUGGAGCUGAUGGAGGACAGCACGCAGGUGGCCACAGCGGUGGAGCCAUGUCAGGGCUAUGGGGUGGGGGGAUGCAGCUGCAGUGAAUGCGUAGGCCGAGAAAGUGAAUCCGUGUACGUGACCUCGCAGAGUAUAAGAGGAAGUGUGAACAUGGUGAAGGCCGCAAGCCCAGGGGAGCUGAGGAUCCGGAACCCCACGGCCAGAGCGUGUGUCUGUCUGUUCCAGCCUAGAAGCUCUACUCUUCACGUCCAUCUGCGUGUGAACGGCUCCGUUUGUCGGUAA